AGUGAUACGCGGCAUUUGUCUGCUGUCCCAUUUAUUCGAUUCCGGUUUGGUAGAGAUUGGCUUUCAGUUUACUUUACGGAUUUUCCGAGUCAACAACGCAAGCAGGACCCAACGCCAUGCGGGGUUCGAUGGCCGUUUGCCGUUUGCUGUUCUCGUUCCCGUUCCCGUUGCCGUUGCCGUUGCCGCUGCAGUUUUCCUCGUUUUUCCGGUUGUUCUGCUGUGGCCAGUGUGCAGUGCCUUCCUGGUGCCUUUCCCUAGGGACUGACUAGUGACCCGGCAGCUUUCCAGCGGGUGUCCAUGGGUCAACGCUGAAUCUUUUGGACAAAGCCAAAGGAACAAAUGUGAUUUGUGAUAAAAGCCAAUGUGAAGUCCACUGGCAUUUCCCCCACCCACAAAAACAACAAAAACAAACACAAAACAGCAACAGGAACGUCACAACAACUACGUCACAGGCUCACGAUACCCUGCACAUCAUUAAGAGUACAAAUAAAACCCCAAGGAUUACCCAUUUAAUUGAAUUUCAAUAUGGAUUUCGAUCAGAUUUUGGCCAAAUGUGGCGAUUUCAAUCGCUAUCAAUUCAUGAUUCUUGCCCUUUUUGGCUUUAUCAAUAUCAUCGUAUCGAUGCAUUACUUUACCCAGACAGUCAUUAGUUUUGUGCCAGAUCAUUGGUGCUAUCACGAUAAGUUGGUGAAUAUGACCUACAAGGAGAUUGCCGAUAUCUAUGCCCAGUUCGAGGAACCCUCGUGCACACGCCUGGAGGAUAUCAACGGCCAUAAUGCCACUGUCAGCCAGGAAAAGUGCGAGAGAUGGAUCUAUAACUAUGAUUUUGGUUAUAGAUCAAUGAACACAGAGUUAAAUUGGGUUUGUGAUUCCGCCUACAAGGCACGCAUUGGCCAGUCGCUGUUCUUCAUUGGAUCCGUCGUGGGCACGCUCUUCUAUGGCCUCCUCUCCGACAAAAUAGGACGCGUCCCAGCGUUGAUUCUCUCAAAUUUCUGUGGCUUUGCCGGUGACUUUUCCACGAUCUUCACGAAGAGUGUAGGCACCUUUACACUCUGCAGAUUUAUAUCUGGAUUGGCAGCAGACACGAACUUCUAUCUCAUGUACAUUAUAGUGCUCGAAUAUAUACGCCCCAGCAUGAGGACAUUGGGUCUCAAUAUGGCCGUGGGUCUGUUCUACUGUAUGGGUCUCGUGUUCACCCCUUGGCUGGCGGUACUCGCGGGCCAUUGGCAGAUCUACCUCGCCUGCACCUCGCUGCCCAUCCUCCUGGUGGUGCUGUACUAUUUCGUGGUGCAGGAGAGCGCCCAGUGGCUGGUGACGCGCAACGACAUCGAUGGGGCCAUCGUGCGGCUAAAGCGCGUGGCAAAGUUCAAUGGAUGUCGCGUGACCCAGGCGGAGUUCGAUGAGUUCCGACGCCACUGCCAGAUGACUCGCGAGAUGCAGGGCGGCGAUGAGAAGAAGACUGCAACGCUAUUGGACAUGUUCCGAACGCCGCGAAUGCGCAAGAAUACGCUUAUACUGUUCUUCAAGAGCAUGGUUAUCACUCUCUGCUAUGAUGCCGUCUCUCGAAAUGUCGAGGGCAUGGGCAUUUCGCCGUUCAUCAUGUUCUCGCUAAGUGCGUUGGCCGUGCUGCCUUCCAGUAUACUCCUCGUCCUGCUGCAGGACCGCAUUGGACGCAAGGGCAUGGCUUCGGGCUCCCUGCUGGUGGGUGGCCUCUUCACGGCCGCCGCUGGCAUAGCCAUCGCGUACCAGCAGCACAACCACAAUGCCAUACUCCUUGCCUGCCUCACGAUUGCCGCUAGGUUUGGUGUGGCCAUCUCCUACGAAUCGGGCUCCCAGUACGCCACGGAGCUCAUUCCCACGUGUGUGAGGGGACAGGGUGUGGCCGCCGUGCAUGUGGCAGGGUUUGCGGCAUCCUUCCUGGCGCCCUACAUCCUCUGGCUGGGAACCUUCUUCAAGGCGGCGCCAUCGAUCAUUCUGGGAGUGCUGUUCUUUGCGGGAUCCUUUGUGUGCCUUUUGCUGCCAGAGACACUGAAUAGGAGCCUACCCACCACCAUCGAGGAGGGCGAGGUCUUUGGCAAGGGCGAGCGCAUGUUCGAUUUCCCGUGCCUCCAGCACAACCACGACGACGACGAGGAGGCCGACUCGGCGCUGGAGAAGUACAAGCGUAAGCAUUCGCUGAUCGAUGCCAAGCAAAUGGAGUCCUCAUCGAAUGGCAAGCGCAAGCAGUCCCUCAUCGAUGCCGAUCGCGAGGAGCAGGCCCUCAAGGAUGCCAAGCACUGAAAGAGCAAGGAAUGGAUUGUCGUUUCAUUUAGUUUUUAGUCUAGCUAAACAAUUGUAUUUGCCUCUAAAAUCCUACUCCCCCCAACAAUUGCCUACGCAAAAGCAUUGUGGUGUGCUCAAAAGCCUUUUCUUAUAUAGAGAUUUAUAUAUAUACAUACUAUAUCUUUAAUCUACAAAAAACCUCUAGCUUGUAACUUUUCUAGAACGUAGAACAUUGUUUUUUCCAAAAGCUCCCAUUGUGUAUAAGAACGGAAUCGUAUAGUUAACACUUAAGCGGCACAAACAUCACUUAAAAUGAAACAAUUUUUGAAUACUUAAUCCUAAGAAUUUUUCAUAUGUAAAUACAUAAUUGUGUAAGCCUCCUUCCCUCCCCUAACUAUUCAAUAUUCACUUCAUAUUAUUUUUUUUGAUUUCGAUCUUUAAUCAAAAUGGAAACAAAAGUAUCGUCUAAAGAAAACUGAUAAUAAUUAUAUAUCUACUAUAUAGAGAAUCAAAAAAACCUAUAAAAAA